UCUUACUUACGCUGUUACCAACACGUCAACACCUCAAAACAAAACAUCCAUUGCCAGUUUCUGUACCUUUGUUUUCUUCGAAUCCAUCUGAUGAAACACAAGCCGUACUUUCAUGGCUGAUCCACAGUCACAGCCUCUGCUCCUCAACGAUUCCGAGCCUCCCACUCAGUUCCAAAACGCCCGACCCACCCGAAUAGCCUCCGUCGACGUCUUCCGCGGCCUCUCUGUUUUUCUUAUGAUCCUGGUCGACUAUGUGGGCUCCAUCUUGCCUAUCAUUGCCCAUGGCCCCUGGAAUGGGAUUCACUUGGCUGAUUUUGUCAUGCCGUUUUUUCUCUUUAUUGCUGGAAUCUCUCUAGCCCUUGUUUAUAAGAGAAGGCCUCAGAGAACCGAAGCUACAUUGAAAGUUUUAGCUAGAGCAGCGAAACUCUUUAUUCUUGGUAUUGUUCUUCAAGGUGGUUAUUUUCACGGGAUAACUUCCUUGACUUAUGGUGUUGACAUUGAAAGAAUUAGAUGGAUGGGCAUUUUGCAGAGGAUAUCUAUUGGAUACAUUGUUGCAGCUUUAUGUGAGAUCUGGCUUCCAGCUCCAAGGUGGAAAGAAUUAGGUUUCUUCAGAAGUUAUUACUGGCAUUGGUUUGUAGCUGUAAUAUUGUUGGCACUUUACUCGGGAUUAUUGUAUGGCCUAUAUGUUCCAGAUUGGCAGUUCGAUGUAUCAGCCUCAACCUCUUCAUUGCCUCCAGUGAAUUGUUCGGUGAGAGGUGAUCUUGGACCUGCCUGUAAUUCUGCCGGAAUGAUUGAUCGCUAUUUUCUCGGUCUUAACCAUCUAUACCGAAAGCCUGUUUACAGAAAUCUUAAGGAGUGCAAUAUGUCUGGUAAGGGGCAAGUUUCAGAUAGCUCGCCUUCAUGGUGUUAUGCUCCUUUUGAUCCCGAAGGCAUUUUAAGCUCCAUAACAGCUGCAGUUUCAUGCAUAAUUGGACUACAAUAUGGUCAUGUUCUAGCCCAUCUUCAGGAUCACAAAGGGCGCCUAGACAACUGGAUGUGUUUUUCAGUUUCAUCUUUGGCCCUCGGAUUUUUCCUGGCCAUAAUAGGAGUUCCUCUAAAUAAAUCUCUGUACACAGUCAGUUAUAUGCUACUAACUUCGGCAGGUUCUGGUCUCACAUUCAUCGCUUUAUAUGUUCUGGUAGAUGUUCGUGGUUACAGGCGUUUGACAAGUGCGUUGGAAUGGAUGGGAAAGCACUCCUUGAGUAUAUUUGUCCUUGUAUCUUCAAACUUGGCCGUUAUUGCUAUUCAAGGAUUUUAUUGGACAAAACCCGAAAACAACAUUGAAGUCACCGAAGAAGGCCACCAAAGGAAAGACUACGUAGACCCUCCCCCAGCGCCUCUCAUCGACCUCGCCGAGGUUAAGCUCUGGUCCUUCUACAGAGCCCUCAUCGCCGAGUUCAUAGCCACCCUCCUCUUCCUCUAUGUCACUGUCGCCACCGUCAUCGGUCACAAAAAACAAUCCGGGCCUUGCGACGGUGUUGGCCUUCUCGGCAUCGCAUGGGCCUUCGGCGGCAUGAUAUUUGUCCUCGUUUACUGCACCGCCGGUAUCUCUGGUGGACACAUCAACCCUGCGGUGACUUUUGGGCUGUUCCUGGCUCGGAAGGUGUCUCUGAUAAGAGCUGUGCUGUACAUGGUAGCACAGUGUCUGGGUGCUAUCUGUGGUGUGGGGUUGGUGAAGGCCUUCAUGAAGCACCCCUACAACUCCCUCGGUGGCGGUGCUAACUCCGUGGCACCUGGCUACAACACAGGCACUGCCCUUGGUGCUGAGAUUAUCGGAACUUUUGUGCUUGUCUACACCGUUUUCUCGGCCACAGACCCCAAGAGAAGCGCCCGUGACUCCCAUGUCCCCGUUUUGGCCCCCUUACCAAUUGGCUUUGCGGUUUUCAUGGUUCACUUGGCUACCAUACCCAUCACUGGAACCGGGAUAAACCCCGCUAGGAGCUUCGGUGCUGCCGUCAUCUACAACAAUGGCAGAGUUUGGGAUGACCAUUGGAUCUUCUGGGUUGGGCCAUUCGUGGGAGCGUUGGCAGCAGCUGCAUACCACCAGUACAUACUGAGAGCAGCAGCAAUCAAGGCGUUGGGAUCAUUCAGGAGCAACCCCACCAACUAGUUAAUGAAGACAAACAGAGAAUAGGAUUAGCCCCUUUUCUUUUCUGUUUGCAUUCUUAAUUUAUUCCAUCGCUUGCUGUGUGUGUAUCCGUUUGAUGCAGACGAUGAUCCUCACCUCUGCCUUUUCUUUUGUAUUUUUUACUAUUUUCUAUUUUAUAUCUAUAUUUAUUUCUUUGGUUUGUUUGUAUCAC